CAGAGGCGCCAUCAUACAGAAAUCUAGAGUCCGACAUCAUGGCUCUAGCGGCGGCCGGCACGCCGCAAAUCACAGCGCAGCAGUCGCUGCAGGCCACCCCGCAGCUCCACAGCAACGGCACCACGCCGUUCGGCACCGGCGCGGCCUUCCCCCUCCGCGCAGCCGCCGGCGGAUUCGACGCUCACUCGCUCGCGGCGCGCCACAUUGGCGGGCUGGUAGUAACCACGGGAAACACCUCCUCCGCUGACGUCAUCUCCAGCAGCACCUUCGGCGAAAGCGCUUUCUCCGAAAGCGGCGGCGGCGGCGGCGGGGACGGCAGCAAUGAGAAGCUGAAGAACGAAAUGGAGGAUGGGUGGGACUCCUUCUCACCCCAGACACGCCGCCAGUCCAUGCCCUCGUCCCUGCUUGCUGGUCACCCCCAGAGGCUCUUCAACAGCCCAACUGCAGCUACUGCUGCUUCUGCUGCUGCAUCGAGGCUCGGACCGUCCAAGCUCGGAGUCACCAGCGUCCCUGCUACUGCUGCUACAGCUGCUACAGCCACUGCCGGAGCUGGCGGCGCCGGUGGGAGCCGGCGGAGUGCGUCAAACAGCGGCGACCGGGCGGCAAGAGCCUCGGCCGGCGAGGAUUCUCCGGCUCGGCAGAGCGGGCGGCAGGGCGACGCUCCGAGCGGCGGCGAGGCGGGCGAGGCGGUGGUGCAGGCUACAGGUUCGGGAGAAGCCGGCGCGCACGGCAGGGAGAGCGGCGACAGGCUCGGUGACAGGCACGGGAGCGACGGAGAGAGCUCCGAUGAAAUGGAGGGGGGCGCCCACAUGGACCAGUUUGCAGAAGAUCAUGCGCCGGGCGGCAACUCUCGCCGGAUGGGCGGCAGCGCGGGGGAUUCCGGGCUGGGUGUGAAGGCGGAGAAGCGGCAGAUUAAGAUGAAGAGCCACGUGGAGAGCCAGCGGCGCAAGCGCAUUAGCGACGGGCUGAAGCGGCUGAGAGAUUCGGUGAAGGGCACGGGCGACACGGCUACCAUGCUGGACGAGGCAGUGGCUUAUGUGGAAGGGCUCAAGCAACAAGUGACAGCCCUGCAAGUCUCUCUCCUCCUCAAGGACACAGCCCGCCCCCAGCUCGGUGUAUCCAAAGGUGCUGCUGCCGCUUCCAACCACUCUCUUGGUGCUCCUACCACAUUGCUACCCCGUGCUGGAUGGUCAAAGAGGCUGGUGGAGACUUCUACGGGGGGGCAGUUGCAACUCCCCUAA